AUGGAGAAAGUAGAUGAGCUUAAACAAGAAGUUUCGACAUGGAAGAAGGAAAGAGAAGAUAUGGAAGUUAGAUUGCAUGAGGUAUAUCAACAACGAAUUGCUUUGGUUGAUUUUGAGUUAGAACUUUAUAAAAUAGAAUUGGAGACAUAUAAGAAGGUUGAAGAUGAGUUGUUAGAUCAAAUUUGUAGUUAUAGAGAGAAAAGUGAAGAAAAAGAGAGAAAACUAAUCAAGGUUGAAGAAGAAAAUUCUUUGAUUAGCCUCGAGUUAGUGUCUGUUAAGAAUGAAUUAAAGUCGACACAUAAAAAUGUUAAAGAUCUUGAGGAAGUGCUUUCGACUUGUAAGAAAGAAAGUAAAAAUAUGGAAAUAGAGUUUAAAAAGGUGCAAAACCAUAUUUCUUCUGUUAAUUCUGAGUUACAAUCUACUAAAAUCGAGCUAGAAACUUCAUUAAAAAGCAUAAAAGAACUUGGGUUUCAACUUUCCUCUUGUAUGAAGGAAAGUCGAGAUUUAGAAAGAGAACUAAGGAUGGUAGAAGAAGAACAUUCAUCAAUUAGCCUCGAGUUAAGAUUAACUAAGAAUGAACUAGAGUUAUCGAACAAAAUUGUAAAAGACCUUGAGGAAAUAAUUGCCACUUAUAAAAAGGAAAGUAAAAAUAUAGAAAUAGAAUUACAAAAGACACAAAAUCAACUUUGCUUAGCUAACCAAGAAUUAGAAUCUUCAAGAAAUGAGGUAAAUGAGCUCAAAAACAAAUCGUAUUGUUGUUUAAUGGAGUUACAAUUUGUGGGAGAAAAAUUACACAAAGUCAUUAACCAUCUUUGUAUAAUUAACUCCGAGGUUAUGUCCUCUAAUCAAAAGUUGGACGAAAUAUUAAUUUCUAACCUAUAUAUAUGGGAUGAAGUUAAUGAUAAUCGCCCAUCUCAAGCUACAACUUUCGAAAUGAUUAUUGAUCAAACUAUCAAAGAUGUCCAAGAAGAAUCGUCAAUUGACAUUGUGCGGGUUUGA